AUGCAUGCAGACGAGAUAACGAAUGACGAAUAUCAUUUCGAUUCAUUCAUUCGAAGAGUAGCUAUCAUUGGCGCUGGGCCCAGUGCGCUCAUGGCAUAUAGAGACCUCAGUGAAGCUGGUUUUGAGCUACGCGUUUUUGAGAGGGAUUCUGUCCCUGGAGGAAACUGGCACUAUACUGAAGAGGCGGCAGCCGAUGCUCCCGUCCCCAAUGCUGAUAUUCCCAUUGCUGACUUUGUGCCGUCGUUUGCCCCAGAAGAAGUCGAUCUUCCUUAUACAGAAGAACUUGAUGUCAAUGACGACCUCCGCAGAGACCACCGUGGUCCAAAACCCGUGUGGGAGUCUUUAAAGUCCAAUGCCCCAGCUAAAUCGCAGCAGAUCACCGAGAUACCUUGGCCGGAGGGUACUCGUUGGGAACUUUCUCAUUACCAACUGCGCAAUUACGUGCGGGCCUUCGCAUCGUAUCACGGUCUAAAUAGCAAUGACGACAACCCCAUAAUGUCAUACAAUACAAGAGUCGAGCGCAUUGAGAAGAGAUUGAACGAGAAAGGUCAGGAGCAAGGUUGGAGGCUGUGGCUCAAAGAACUCGUGCCCAUCGGAGAAAAUAAAUACAGGGCAACCUGGUGGACUGAAGACUUUGAUGCUGUUGUCGUUGCUACUGGCAGAUAUAACGCUCCGUACAUGCCCUCGAUACCUGGUCUUGAAGAAUGGGCACAACGUUUUCCAGGACACCUGAUACAUUCACGGCAAUACCGACGUCCGGAAGCGUUAUCUAACAAGACCGUCUUAAUCGUGGGAGCAGCUACUAGCGGGGGAGAAAUAUCGCGAGACCUGAAUAAAUGGGCCCAUAAAAUAUAUCAGUCCAUCAGGCCAGACAAUAGUAAGCCUUCCUUUUUCUAUGUGAAGUGUAAAGAAGCGAACACCACAAUAGUCCCAGAAAUCAAACAGUUUCUUCCGCUGGAUGAAGACACAACCAUCCAAUCAGCAAGGAUCGAGCUUGUAAAUGGUACUAUCCUAACUGGUAUCGACCACGUCAUAUUUGGUACUGGCUUCCGAUAUUCGUUCCCCUUUUUACCUCAAUACUACGAGGACGCAUCCUACGUACCUCACGAAGGUUCAAGUAGUAAAGUAGUACCGUUCCUUGCCAGGGAUGGAACCCAUAUCCGUGACUUCCACCUCGAUUUAUUCUAUAUUCGAGACCCCACACUGGCUUUCCUGGGAAUGAACUUUGGAAUUCAAACAUUCACUUACACUGAUUAUUUGGCCCUAGCGCUCGCGAAAGUGUGGUCAAACACGGCCAAACUCCCUUCCACCCAGCACAUGUGGCAUUUGUAUCAAGAACGGGUUGUUGAUCGCGGAGGGUAUGGCAAGCAUUUCCAGUUCCUUGGUCCCGAUGGGUUCCGGGCAAAUGUUCGAUUCUAUAUGGGGUGGCUCAAUGAUGCUGCCGCAAAAUACGGUGGAAAGCAGAUCGAUGGAUUACCAAAAUACGUCAACGAGGUUAUUGCAUACUGGGCGAUCGCUCACUACGCAGGGCCUUUGGAAAAUAGGAGCGAUCCUUCAGUGGGUUACAGCUCCUUGGACGGACUUGGAUUCGAUUUUGUUGCUCCUGAGGCCAUGACGGAGGAGGAGAGGCAAAAAAUGGCAUACUAUAUCAUGUUCGACGACAAUUGUAUAGGCUCACUGCUCCUUGAAUUGGUUACACCGUCGGGUUCACUUUCAACGACUUCCGUCAACCCAGACUUGUAUUAUGUGUUGCAAGUUCCUACAUCCAUGUGGGCCGAUGAUUAUGCGAGCCUCUUCAACUAUGAAUCCUAUCGAUGGAUCCCCGCUUUUUAUUCUCUAGCGUUCUUCGCAUUCUUUGGUUUCACAGAAGAAGCUAGACACUUUUAUCGUCUAGCAUUCUCUUGGAUCACUCGACGUUUGGGCUUUCGUUCACCGAGUUUAGAUAUCUCGGGUGCUAGAAACCUGCCUCCUUCUACUCAUUAUGUCCGACGGAAGCACGAUUUAUGUUCAUCCACCAUGUCUGAGGCGUUUGACAGCUCCUUAUACUGUACCCACAACUGUUCGAGUGGCAGAGUGUCCAGUGCUCACGAAGAUAAAGAGAUGCAGGAAAAGAUGGAUCACGAGCUGGUGCAGCCCUUUCAAACUCAAUUAUACGACGACGAAAGUGGUGUGGCGUCACUACCAGAGACAGCAGAGCCUUCCCCUGUCUUCCAAAGAUGUUCUAUUGUUUAA